AUGACAGGUGUGAAGGAUACCAAGAAGAAUAUGCACCAGGGCUAUCCCAAAGAAACACUGGUGCGUUUCCUUAAGGCUAGAGAGUGGAAUGUAUCAAAGGCUCAUAAAAUGAUUGUAGAUUCUUUGAAUUGGAGGAUUCAAAAUGAAAUUGAUAGUGUGCUGGAGAGACCUAUAGUCCCAGUAGAUUUAUACAGAUCAAUACGUGAUUCACAACUUAUUGGCCUGUCAGGAUACACAAAGGAGGGUCUCCCAGUUUUUGGCAUUGGUGUUGGACAUAGCACAUAUGACAAAGCUUCGGUCCACUACUAUGUGCAAUCUCAUAUCCAGAUUAAUGAGUACCGUGAUCGUAUAAUUUUGCCUAGGCUGACACAACAGUUUGGGCAGCCUGUUACCAAAUGUAUAAAAGUUCUAGAUAUGACUGGUUUGAAGCUAUCAGCACUGAGCCAAAUAAAGAUCUUGACUUCCAUAUCAACAGUUGAUGAUCUGAAUUACCCUGAAAAGACAGAGACCUAUUAUGUAGUCAAUGUUCCAUACAUAUUUUCUGCUUGUUGGAAGGUUGUGAAGCCCUUGUUGCAGGAGAGGACAAAAAAGAAGGUUAAAGUUUUGUCUGGCUGCGGGAGAGAUGAACUUCUGAAGAUUAUGGACUACUCGUCACUUCCCCAUUUCUGCUGCCGGGAGGGCUCUGGAUCAUCAAAGCAUUCAUCUACUGACGUCGACAACUGCUUCUCCCUUGACCAUCCUUUCCACAAAGAACUUUACGACCAUAUCAAAGAGCAAGCGUCGUGCAGGGAGCUCAUCAAGAUGGGAUCACUGCACGUCAGCAUUCCCGAGCCAGACCCAGAUGACGCGAAGAUCGUCGAGGUCAUCCAGGCUGAGUUCCAGAAGAUCGGUGAGCAGGAUGAAUCCCCCAACGGCAACAAGGAUUAG